GUACCGGAUUUCAUUCCAUUUACCGUACCAAACGUGUUGUCAGCGUCCUCGGCUCGGCAACCCAUUCACCGGUUUUGCCACCCAGCCUAUAUCACUUGUCUAAUUUCUAUCUUCCCUCCCUCAGGUUCCAUUCCCGCGCAGGACCGACAUUGCCGCCCUAAGUCGCCGCCGGGUUCCGCCGGUUGUCUAGCCGUAUUUAUCUGUUAUCUUGUUGCUAUAUUUGUAAGGAACGCGGAGGGGGUUUUGAACAGCAGUGUGUCGACUGGAUUGAGAGGAAUUGAAAGAGGCCAUUAAGAUAGAAAGUUUGGGGGAAGAGCCAGUCAUUAUAUUUCCCAAAUUGUGGCUUCAUAAGGUGUGGUCAAAGACCGUUAAUUGUUGUUAGAGAUGGCCAAUGGUCCGACACCAUUUUCAGAUAUUGGCAAAAGAGCCAAAGACCUUUUGACCAAGGAUUACAACUUUGAUCACAAGUUUAGUCUGUCAAUGCCACACUCAACUGGCCUGGGCCUCACCAUUACCGGUUUGAAGAAGGAUCAGAUUUUUGUUGGUGACAUGAGUGCACUGUACAAAAGUGGAAAUACUGCUGUGGAUGUGAAAGUUGAUACCUAUUCCAAUGUUGCUGUGAAAGUGACUCUGGAUAAUGUAUUUCUAUGUACCAAAACAGCAUUUAGCUUCAAAAUACCUGAUCACAAGUCUGGCAAGCUCGAUGUGGAUUACCGUCAUCAACAUGCAGCUAUCAAUUCAAGUAUUGGCUUGAAUCCAUCCCCUCUUUUGGAGCUUGCAGGAGCAUUUGGAACCAAGGAUCUCAGUCUGGGUGGCGAAAUUGGUUUUGAUACUGCUUCUGCUUCAUUCACCAAAUACAAUGCUGGGAUCAGCUUUAGCAAGCCUGAUUUCUCUGCUGCACUUAUACUGAUGGACAAAGGACAAAGGCUGAAGGCAUCUUAUGUUCAUUCUGUAAUCCCCCUCGAAGGAACUAUUGUUGUUGCUGAAAUGAUUCAUGGACUAUCCACGUAUGGGAACAGUUUUACCCUUGGGAGCUCUCAUGCAGUUGACCCUUACACCGUGGUGAAAACACGGUUUUCUGACAAUGGACAGGUUGCUAUGCUAUGCCAACGAGAGUGGAGGCCCAAGUCAUUGAUUACUUUUUCAGCUGAGUAUGACUCGAAGGCCAUGAAUUCAGCUCCCAAGUUGGGUCUUGCCCUUGCUCUCAAGCCUUGACGUGGGAUUUUGUUUGGGUAUAUUGUACACUUCCCUCCCAUUAUUAUUUUUUAAACCCCCAGGGUGGCUGUGUUACUGAAAUAUGCUGGAAAGCUGAGAUUUUGGAGAUAGGGUGAUCUGAAUGUUCUUGAAGUGGUUAGGAAACGUUCCCAGUUUUGAAAAUUUUCGUAUAGUUACUUCACAACAUAUAGUCAAUUGUUGAAAUGCUACUACUGUAUGCCGUCAGUAAUAUGCAUUUUAUGGUAUAGAAUUUUGAUGACUUGAUUGAUAAA